GGGGGGGGUGAGAGGCAGGACUCUGCCGCGCUGGAGGCCCGAGGACCCGUCGCAGGACAGCCUCCAGACAGGCGGCGGGAUGCAGGACCCACUAGACGCGGGGGAGGACUACCUGGACCACCAGAUCCUGCGGCUGCUGGAGUGUCCUGUGUGCGAGGAGCGCAUGGCCCCUCCAAUGAUCCUCUGCGCCGGAGGACACAGCGUGUGCGGGCCGUGUCGGACCAUGGUGGUCAACUGCCCGCUCUGCUACCGCGCCUUCACGCAGGCGCGCGACUUCCUGCUGGAGGCCGUGUUUGAGGAGCUGGUGCCCGUGGCCUGCCCCCACCAGCGGCGAGGGUGCUGCCACCUGGCCGUGGCGAGGGAGCUGGCCGACCACGUGGCCGCCUGUCCGCACGGGGACCUGCGCUGCCCCGUCGACGGCUGCCUCUGGGCGGGCCCCAGGUCGGAGCUGCGACGUCACGCCCUCAGGAGCCACCCGAGGCGCUUCAUCGAGGGCGCCGACACCUCGGCGACCCUCCGGCUGGAUGAGGACUGCCACCGCGCGGACCUGCUGUCCGCCCACGGCGAGCUGUUCGUCGUCUCCAGGAGCGUCCUGCCCGCCGGAGAGGCGACCUUCUCCAUGGAGCUGCUGGGAGCCGGGGAUCGCGCCCGAGGGUUCUGGUACGAGGUGCGGCUGGGUGGCCGGGACCUCCCCGGGCCGACGGCGAGCUACCGCUUCCCCGUGCUGCCCGCCGGCGCUGACGAGACCUUCCGAGUGCGGGCGGACACCGCCUUGCUGCGCUGCCUGGCGCCCGACGGCGUGCUGAGGUGCGACAUCUCAGUGAUGCCCCGCGACCUCCUGUGACGGCGCGAUCUCCACCUCAUCCUACCAGUUCAGCCACUCACCCAGGACUCUGAACUUGAUGGCGACCCACCAGGUCGUCUGAGGGUCCGCUCAGAUCAAUCGCUUAAUGAAGCAACCCCAAGCAGCCAUUGCUGACUAACAGGGAUGUCAUAAUCGCCAGUAGCAGACCCAGGGGCCGAGCACCCGAACUCGGCAUCGAACACCGAGGCCCGCUGGAUGCGGCCCCUAACCUCCUGUUUUGUUCCCUAUAAAUAAUAAGUUUUUACAGGGAUUAUGAAAUAACUGACUUUUAAACCAAUUCGCUGCGAAGCUUGGUGACUGAAAAUGGCCUGAAAUAAAUUUUAUUUAAUUUCGGGGGAAACGAAUUCAUUUUUCGUUAAACUCGUGUGUUGUCCAGCCCUCCUUGUGGUUUGGGGGAGAGAGGGGUUGAUUUAAUAUUUAGCUUAGCUGGCCUUAACUGCUUAGGUUAUCUUGUUGAUUUAUUUUUGGUCUUACCCCACAAAAUUUGAGAACAUUUCUUUAUAAAAUUGUGUUAAAAACUAAAAUUUUAAGUGAAAUGUACUUUAGGUGCAUUUAAUAUCAAAUAACAUUAUUUUUUAUUUUU